ACCUUUUUCAACCGCUAGGGGAUUAUUAUGACGUACAAUGUCAGUUGUUAGUAUACAAGGCCGAAAAGGGAAGGGUAUUGAGUUUUUAAUUGGUACAAAACAAUAAGAAUAAGUGAAGAGAUUUCUGUUUAAAAUAAAAUGGCUAAGAGCCCCCAAGAAGUAGUUUUCGAAGGAUGGCUUACUAAAUCGCCCCCAACGAAAAGAAUAUGGAGAGCUAGAUGGAGAAGAAGAUGGUUUUUACUUACACAUUCUGGAGAGCUCCCCGGUCAGUAUAUUCUCACUUACUACACAGAUAGGAAUUGUAGAAAGCUGAAAGGAGUCAUUCACCUGGACCAAUGUGAACAAGUCGAUUUAGGACUAAAAUUAGAUGAAAGAAAAUUGAAAUUUGAUCAUGUUUUUGACAUAAAAACGCCAACUCGCACAUAUUACUUAGCAGCAGACACAGACAACGAAAUGAGGUCAUGGGUAACUUAUAUUUGUAAAGUUUGCAGUUUAAAACCUACUAAUGAAGAUGAUGCAUUAAGCGUGGGUCUUGAAGGAUUCUGUCCAUCAACGCAACUACAAACUACUUGCCCUGAAGUAGAAAUAACUGAAGAAUAUUGUGACAGGGUGAAAGUAAUGGAUCAUUUUAAUCAGACACCACCUGUAACACCAAUCAGCUCUAGUCCUUAUAUUCCCAUUUCGGAAUGUAUUACGGGGAAAUCACCUGUUUUUAAUACUGAGGAUCUUAAGAAAUUGUUAAAUUACAGUAAGAAUGAUUAUUUUAAUAAAGACCAAGGUGCCUAUUAUAAUGACGAAGAGUUUAUAAGUAGAGAUUAUUUAAAUUGUAAAAAUGUACAGGAAACUGUAAAAUUUUAUGAUUGUCCAAGGAAAUUAGCACCACAAUGCCCUCAGUUGUAUAUAGAUAAAGUUGAAUCUUGUAGUGAAAAACAUGGGUCUCCUUUACAAAGCCCUACUGACUCUGACAGUGUUUUUACUGAUGAAUAUUGGUGUCAUAAUACACCUUAUGAAUUGGAUACAUCAAAAUCCAAAAAGUCGGAAAGUUCGGAUGAAGAUGGAAAUUUCACUGUAACUAAAAAGUUUACUAAAGCAAAUGCACCUAAUGACAACAUAUUGAGACAACCACCACCUAGACCUCCAAAACCUACGCACAUUUUCACUAGUAUCCCAUGUAGUAGUACAACGGUAAAAGAACCAGAAGUAGUACCCCAGCAAAAAGUGUUAACAGAUGAUAUGUAUGACUUUCCUAGAUCACAUCAUGUAGAAACAGAAACCACAACAAUGAAAAAAAGACAUUGUUAUAAUAAUGCUGCCCCUUCGCAAUGUCCAGAGGGUAUCAUUUUUAGAUACGAUAUCUCCCCAAAGGCAGAAACUUCAACAGCAGUGUUCCAAUAUGAAAUAGAAGAUCAAGAAGAACCUCCAUCUCCUGCACACUCUCAUUCUUCAUCGGCUCCCACUUACUCCAAUUUACCCAGUCCGUCGUUAAGUGUCAACCAAACCAUGCUACCACCAACUGUAAACAGGGAAUUGAAACCCAAAAGAAAAUCGUCCGAUUCUCAUUCGGUUGCUUCCAAUCCGGAACCAUCUUCUCCUAGAAACGUCCCAUCAGUAGAUAGAAAAUUAAAACCACCGACACCUUUGCAGGAGGCUCACAUGAGGAAACCUUUCCAUUCGGAAGAAGAGCAAAGGAAACAUCGUGCAGCACCAAGUCCAACUCCAACGCCACUUAAUAUACAUCGAUCUCACGAUAGUUUAUUAUCUCAAAACGACGAUGAACAAAUGUAUCAUUAUCUUUCGGGUAAAAUGCAAUAUUUGGAUCUAGAUCUCGAUGGUGCUAACUCUAGUUUUGGUGGUACCAGUAUGGCACCAACAACUAAAUCACAAGAAGACACCGUUUACAAAAAAGUCGAUUUUAUGAAAACUGAGGCGUUUAAUCUCACGAGAAAUAUAUUAGAGAAGGAACGACAGGUGAAAAAAUGAAAGUUUUUGUAUAUACAGGGUGAUUUACAACCAUCUAUUAAUCUAUUAUUACGAAAGAAAUUAUUUUAUUGUAGAUAUUUUUUUCUAUAAGGUUUUUUUAUACUUAAAGUGUUUUUGAUUUUAUAGUUUUGAAUGAUUGAAUUUUCUUUUAUAAGUAGAUUCGAUAGAUUUCUAUAUAUUGUACAAUUUAUGACAUAUCGCCUACAAUUUUUCAAAUUUUUAUAAAUCUUUUUCUAAUUACAUUUUUUUAUAUUUUUAUAAUUUGUUGGAAAUUAUCAUUUGAAAACAAUUUUUUUAGUAGAUUUUGUAAAUUUUUCGAAUCAUUCCGGGGUUUUUCAAAAUUUUAUACAUAAAUAUCUGACAGGAUCUCAUUCAAUAUUCAAUUUUAUAUACUAAAAUUUAGUGAAAUAGCUUUUUAUAGUUAUAUGGGGGCCGUAUAGACCUAAUUACAUAUUUUUAAAUAAUAAUCAAUUUGAAAAAAAAAGAAUAUACUUUUUCAAUUAAUUAGUCGUCUUAAAUUAAUUAAAAUCGUUUGAUUACGUCACUAACCAUGAAAAAAGCUAUCAUAACAUACAUUAUCAUACAUAACAUUUUGCUGUUUUAUAAUAUAAUGUUUUUCUUUUAUAUUGAUAUACAUACACUAAACUACUCGCUAUUCACUGAAUUAUCCACUAAAACUUAACUAUUCACUAAUCUAUUUAAAUUCGUCGUUUACUGAACUACAGUUAAGUAAUUCAAAGUGGCCCUUAUCACAGUGCCGCACCAUUAUCAAUUACUUAUUUAUUACUCCUUGAGUUUAUCAUCAUGAUAAAUUGUUUGUAUUUCAUAUUUAUGUCAGUUUUAUGGAUUGUCAACUUUAACCCCAUUUAGGUAUCAUCUUUAAUUAUUUAUUUUAUAUUAAUGUGAGUGUACUCAACCAAAUCUACUGAUUUUAUUUAUUCAUAAUUAUAAUUGCAUGAAAUAAGAAUCAGUAUUUAAGGAAGUUUGUAUACUAAUACCGUGUUCUCGAUAGUUUGAUAUUCGUAGAGUAUGCCAGUCAGAUUAUUGAAACGAAAUGUAACUUUAAUUUAUUAUUAAAUUCUCAGUUUGCUAAAUAAAUUGUUUUUUAAGAAUUGAGUUAUUUAAUUCUAUUACAACGCACCAAAAACUCAUUUUUGGUCAGUUAACUUUAACAGAACUCUUUGUUUAUCGGUUUGACAUAGAUCAUAGUCAAGUGACACUUUUAACUGUUUUAUUGGAGAUUUUGAAAACUAUUUUCAUUGUUAUGUUUUUUUAAACAUAAUUUAUCAUAUUUUGUGUACAAUGAUUAUGUUCUUGUUUAUAUAGGGUAUAUCUUACCUUACCAGGAUAUUUUUCUUCUGCUAAGUAAUCUUUUGAAGAUGUAAAGAUGAGAUGCUAGUUUUUAAUUAUUUUUAAAAAAGUUCUUUAUAUUUUCAAGUCUGUCAUAUCAAAAUUAUAAGGCAAUAAUUGAAAUAUAUUAUAGUUUAAUGA